GAAGCAGUGUGAUUCAGGAAGUCAGACAUAAACUUCGAGGCUACGGAUUCAUUUUAUCAUCUCUACAGUUGUUACAAAUGGAAAAUAUGUAAUGUGAACGAUGCAGAGCUCAAGUGACAGCGAAAGACAAAUUGAAUCAUGUCAGAAUAAACUAAUCUCAGUGAAUUUCGAAGCUUUUCAAGCUAGCUUAGCUUGCUAGCUGCUACAAGGAGACCCGGAAGUUAUCAGCACACCUCUAAGCAGAGCUCAAGCGUGGAUGUUAAAGUGUUGUGAUUGUGUGAAAAUGUGUAAAAUACAAAUGCUAAGGGCGUUGGUGAAUCAGCGAUUAACUGCGGCCGUUGAAGAAAUAUUUGCAGUGUUAGAAAGAACGAUAGCAGAGUACGAGAAGGAACUUUGUCGAACAAAAGAGGAAAUCGAGCGACAAUGUCAACUACUGGACGCUGUUUUCAAGAAGCCUCAAGUUGUGUUACACAGAGCAGAUGUCGGUGAAGAACAUCUUCCCCUUGAGCAGCAGGAGUGGAACUCCAGGAUGGAGCAGGAGCCCCAGGCCCCCCACAUUAAAGAGGAAGAGGAGGAGCUGCAGCCUCCCAACUUCAAAGAGGAAGACGAGGAGGAUGACAGCAUCAGUCAGGAGGGAGAACAUCUUGAAGAACUGGAGAAGUUCUCUGCGAUUGGUGUUCCUGUGAAGAGUGAAGAUGAUGAAGACAAAGGUGAAAGUGAGGAGAAGAGAGAGGUGGAGCCUCCAAGCAGCAGCUCCACUCAUCACAUGACAACAGAAGCUGAUGGAGACCACUGUGGAGGAUCACAAGCAGACAACCUCUUAGCUCCACUAUCAGAUAGUGACGACAUAACGUCACACUCUCCUGACACUGAUGAUGAAGACUCUGAAGCUGAUAUGACAUGUCACACUGACAACACACGCUGGAAAUGCUCUCAGUGUGACAAAACGUUUGUUAACAAAGGAAAUUUCAAAAUACACAUGCGACAUCACACAAGAGAGAAACCUUUCACCUGCUCGGUUUGCGGUAAAAGAUUCUCAAAGGAGUCAAAUUUGAAAGUGCAUUCAAGAAUACACGCUGGACAGAAGCCUUUUCAUUGCACGGUGUGUGGUAAAAGAUUCAAUCGCAAGUCUGAUUUAAAAAGACACACAAGAAUACACACCGGAGAGAAACAUUUUCCUUGCGCGGUUUGUGGUAAAAGAUUCUCUAAGGAGUCAAAUUUGAAAGUCCAUACAAGAAUACACACUGGACAAAAACCUUUUCCUUGCACGGUGUGUGGUAAUAGAUUCAAUCAUAAAGCUGAUUUAAAAAGACACACAAGAAUACACACAGGAGAGAAACCUUUUCCUUGCAAGGUGUGUGGUAAAAAAUUUUCUGAGCAAUCAAAGUUGAAAGGACACACAAGAAUACAUACAGGAGAGAAACCUUUUCCUUGCACGGUGUGUGGUAAAAGAUUCGAUAAUCAAAGUAAUUUAAAAAGACACACAAAAAUACACACCGGAGAGAAACAUUUUCCUUGCACAGUGUGUGGUAAAAGAUUCAGUCAAAUAAGCGAUUCAAUGACUCACACAAGAAUACACACUGGAGAGAAACCACUUCCUUGCACGGUGUGCGUUAAAAGCUUCAUUACUCAAAGUAAUUGAAAAAGACAAGAAUACACCUUUUUCCUACACAUUUUGUUGUGAAAGAUUUGCUCUUAAGUCACUUUUUUUUAAAUCAAAGAUAUUUGUAUUAGAUUUUGACAAAGUAAAAAACAAAUGUACACAAUGUUUCCUGAAGCUUUAUACAAAGAGCAAGAAAAAUAAAAAAAUAAUAAUUGGAGAAAAAACAACAACAAAAAAACCCAACCCCAACACACACAAAAAAAAACAAAACAAAACAAAAAAAACACAAAGUAAGUCACACACAGUCCAAAGAGGUCCAAGUUUGGGAGGACAAUUAAAUGUAAAACAAUCAAAGCAAAUGCGUAAGUGAAUUAAACAAUAGAUGAUAGUAAACAGGCCAGAGAUGGGAAGUUAGAAUAUUAGGGAGCUCAGGUAAAUUUCAAGUUAUAGAAAUAUACUAAGAAGGGUCCCCAUACAUUUUGGAAUUUUUCUUUGGCGUUACAAAUUGAAUAAUGGAUUUUCUCCAAAUUUAAACAAGACAUGACAUCCCUCAGCCACUGAGUGUGGGUAGGCGGAGCGGCAUCCUUCCACCUUAACAAAAUUGCCCGUCUGGCCAAGAAGGAGGCAAAGGACAAACUUCGUGGUCCUGUGGGGGUCAAGCGCAAGUCGGGUUCACUUGUGGUGCCAAACAAUGCUAUUAAAGGGUUGGGUUGACAAUUACAUUAAGUCACAUUUCAAAGUACACACAAAGAGCACACACUUGAGAAAAAACUUUCCCCGUUCAAUGUGUGGUCAGCGAUUCACAAAUGGUACAAACAUGACUGAACGGAGCUUUUUCAAAGAACACAAAAAGGGAAGUAUGAAUAGGGAAGACCGUGUUACUUUUAUGUUGCUAACUGACAUGAUGAAACGUUUGCAAUGUUUGUUUCAUAUAUCACAUGUAUGAACGCACUGCUACUUUAGACUUGACAAUUGUACGUUUGACCCUCAAUAAAAGAAACAUACACAGGUGGUUGCUUGCAUGGAUUCUAUACCUGGCCAGGGUUGAGUCAGGAAGGGCAUCCAGUGUAAAAAAUGUAAAAUCAAUUAGCUAUGAUGAUGUAAUACAGUGGUAAGAAAAGUAGAUACGGCACAAACUCACCUAAUGUCUGGUAAACUUAGAAAGUAGUGUAUUUCGUAUUUCAUAGCACAAAUAAUUAUAUUGUAUUAAUUUUUUAAAUUUAAUUAUUCAUUUGAAUACUUUUAGAAUUAAAUUAUUAAUUUGAUUACAUUUACAAUUGAAUAAUUACUUAAAUUACUUUUAUUUAUUUAUUUUAAGCCCUGAAAUAUAUUAAGGUAGGUAGAAAAAACCGGGCAAAACCAUAGAAAAUACAUGAAAAUUGUAUUUUAAACAAUAAAAUAAAUGGUUUAUUAUCAAGAAUUACUACAAGAAUGAAAAAUGUAUUCACAAUUCACACGUGGCUUCGUUUGCAAUCGGUCAAACAAAGUUUCAAACAUUGCGUCAAAUAACUGAGGUAUCAAAACUAUCGCUCUUUUGAUUUGAGAAUCAAUUUUAGCGCAUGAAGAGUCCGUAUCGGAAGUAUCGAUAUUUCAGUAUUGAUCCGCACAAGCCUGGCAUGCGCACACUGGCCGCCAGUUUUGGAAAUGCGUGUCUCCAGAGAAAAACACCACUGACAAUUGUUCCAAAUAUGUGUAUUCCCAGAGAUUAAGUGGCAGUGAAAGACAAUUUUAUGACCAUUUAGGACCUUCUUAACUUGCUGGUUGCUAUCACAGAGACCCGGAAGAUAUCUACACAUCGCUAAGCAGAGAUCACGGGGUGCACGUUCACAUAAAAGGGGGCGUUUGACGUCAUAUUAUUCUACUUAGCAAGUCGUUAUUAUGGAACGUUAUGAGGAAUUCAAAAAGAUUAUCACUGCCAAAAGCAACAUUGUUGCCGCCAAAAGGGCGACGGAGGACCGCUGGCAGAAUAUUGCUGACCGUGUAAAUGUGCAAGUUAACACUGAUUGUUCUACUAACUAUACCCGACUAGUCUUCAUUUAUCAACGCUCAACAUUGCACAACUUUGACGUACUAACACUUAUCCAUUAAAAAAAAUAAGUACAUUGGAGCAACAACUGUCUUUUUUCAUCUUUGAAAUGUCUUUUAUUUUCAUAUUUUACGGCUAUGGAAUACAGUAAUCACAAACAAA